GGAUCCCAGAGUCCUGGACAGCAUGCUCCCGUAUCUGACAGCCUACUACGGCAACCCCCACUCCAGGACCCAUGCCUACGGCUGGGAGAGUGAGGCCGCCAUGGAGAAGGCGAGGCGGCAAGUUGCGGAUUUAAUAGGGGCUGAUUCAAGGGAAAUUAUAUUUACCAGUGGUGCAACAGAAUCAAAUAACAUGGCGAUUAAGGGUGUUGCAAGGUUCUAUAAAUCCAGAAAAAAGCAUAUCAUUACUACACAAACAGAGCACAAGUGCGUGUUGGAUUCUUGCCGUUCCUUGGAGACAGAAGGUUUUCGGGUCACGUAUCUACCUGUUAAAAAAAAUGGGCUCAUAGAUUUGAAGGAGUUGGAGGCUGCGUUCCAGCCAGAUACAAGUUUGGUUUCUGUAAUGACUGUGAAUAAUGAAAUAGGAGUAAAGCAGCCAAUUCAUGACAUUGGUGAGAUCUGCCGCACACGUAAGGUUUUCUUCCACACAGAUGCUGCACAAGCAAUUGGUAAAAUUCCUAUGGAUGUCAAUGACAUGAAAAUUGAUCUAAUGAGCAUCAGUGGCCAUAAAAUUUAUGGGCCCAAAGGGGUUGGUGCUAUCUAUGUUCGCCGUCGACCGCGCGUCAGGCUAGAACCCCUGCAAAGUGGGGGAGGUCAGGAGAGAGGACUGCGGUCUGGGACUGUGCCCACUCCUUUAGCAGUGGGCCUGGGGGCAGCGUGUGAAGUGGCACAGCAAGAGAUGGAGUAUGACCAUAAGCGAAUCUCUCAACUGGCAGAACGACUGGUUACAAAAAUAAUGAGUGAGGUUCCUGAUGUGGUUAUGAAUGGAGAUAGAGAGCAUCGCUAUCCAGGAUGCAUCAAUUUAUCUUUUGCGUAUGUGGAAGGGGAAAGUCUUCUGAUGGCUCUGAAAGAUGUGGCUCUGUCUUCAGGCAGUGCUUGCACAUCAGCUUCUCUGGAGCCUUCCUAUGUUUUGCGGGCAAUUGGAACAGACGAAGACUUGGCUCACUCAUCUAUAAGAUUUGGCAUUGGUCGUUUCACUACAGAAGAAGAAGUGGAUUAUACAGUGCAGAAGUGCAUACAGCAUGUUAAGAGGCUGAGGGAAAUGAGCCCCCUCUGGGAAAUGGUGCAGGAUGGAAUUGACCUCAAAAGCAUUAAAUGGACUCAGCACUGAGAAAACAUCGCUAUUUGUGGACUAGAUGUGGAUGUGGAUUUAAAUGCAUUUUCUGUACAUUCCUGAACAAAUUAUGCAGCAUUUCUGUUUUUGACACUUGCAAUUUGACUGGAAAACUACCCUUUCUGACCACAAAGUCUAAGAAGCCAAAGAUGAAACUAGUCUUUAUCCUGGAGAAAGGCAGGAUGAUGUAAUACCCAUUGCAAUUAUAUUGACUCACAGAAAUUUACGCUAAAACAUAAUUUAUUUGGAAAUGUAUUUUCUAAUAAGGAAGUGAAGUCAGUGUGUUACUCCUGGGCCA